AUGGAGGCCAUCAAAAAGAAGAUGCUGAUGCUCAAAUUAGACAAGGAGAAUGCACUGGACCAGGCUGAACAAGCUGAAGCAGACAAGAAAGCAGCCGAAGACAGAAGUAAGCAGCAUGAAGACGAACUUCUGCAAAUGCAGAAAAAGCUGAAGGGGACAGAGGAUGAGCUUGAUAAAUACUCAGAGGCCCUGAAGGAUGCUCAGGAGAAGCUUGAGGUGGCCGACAAGAAGGCUGCUGAUGCUGAAGCAGAAGUGGCUUCCUUGAACAGACGUAUCCAGCUGGUGGAGGAGGAGCUGGAUCGAGCUCAGGAGAGACUGGCAACGGCUCUGCAGAAGUUGGAGGAGGCAGAGAAGGCUGCUGAUGAAAGCGAGAGAGCUAUGAAGGUGAUUGAGAACAGGGCUCUGAAGGAUGAAGAGAAGAUGGAGCUUCAGGAGAUUCAGCUGAAGGAGGCCAAACACAUUGCAGAGGAGGCUGACCGCAAGUAUGAGGAGGUGGCUCGUAAGCUGGUGAUUGUAGAAGGAGAGCUGGAGCGAACCGAGGAGAGAGCUGAGCUGGCUGAGGCUAAAUGUGCUGAGCUGGAGGAGGAACUGAAGAACGUCACCAAUAACCUAAAGUCUCUGGAGGCCCAGGCUGAGAAGUAUUCUCAAAAGGAGGACAAGUAUGAGGAAGAGAUCAAGAUCUUGACUGACAAGCUGAAAGAGGCUGAGACCCGGGCUGAGUUUGCUGAGAGGUCUGUGGCCAAGCUGGAGAAGACCAUUGAUGAUCUGGAAGAUGAGCUUUAUGCACAGAAACUCAAGUACAAAGCCAUCAGCGAGGAACUGGACCACGCCCUCAAUGACAUGACAUCUAUCUAAAGAUCCAGAAGCUCCACCACCCUGCAAAGUGGUGGCUUCAAGACCUCUUCCCCCCACCAAUUCCUUC